GACUACUUGCUUGAUUACAAAAAAGAUUUGGACUAGUAGCAUAACUAAAAAAAAUGAGUGAUGAGAUUGGAAGGUCGGUCCAAACAGCAGUGUGCAAACGGCGAUCUUGAAGAUCGAAGAUAGAACCAAAUUGUUAACAUAUUCGGAUAAAGAUCAUCAUUCAAUUCAUAUUCAUUAUUCACAUUCCAAGUUGCAACCACCAUCACUUGCCUGAGAAAUUCACGACUAUGAGUGUGCAGCAAAAUUCAGAUGUGAAUGUGCGAAUUGCGAGAAUCGCCUCCCAUCUCAACCCUCCCAAUCCCAAGGUGGAGGGUGAUGGUGAUGGGUGCUUGACGCGUGCACAUUGCAGAUCCAAAGGUGCUGCUCCGGGGUUCAAAGUGGCCAUUUUGGGGGCUGCAGGUGGCAUAGGACAGCCUCUCUCCAUGUUGAUGAAGAUGAAUCCUCUCAUCUCCGUUCUCCACCUAUACGACGUCGUCAACACCCCCGGCGUCACUGCUGAUGUCAGCCACAUGGACACUGGCGCUGUUGUACGGGGAUUUUUGGGGGCAAGCCAACUUGAGGAUGCCCUUACUGCAAGGUUCUGUCCCAAAGCUGUUGUCAACAUCAUAAGUAAUCCUGUUAACUCCACGGUUCCAAUUGCUGCUGAAGUUUUCAAAAAAGCUGGUACUUAUGAUCCUAAGAAACUUUUGGGAGUGACAAAGCUUGAUGUUGUUAGAGCCAAUACAUUUGUGGCAGAAGUUCUAGGUGUUGAUCCAAGGGAUCUGGAUGUCCCUGUCGUUGGGGGACAUGCAGGAAUCACUAUUUUACCUCUUCUUUCUCAGGUUAAACCUCCAAGCACUUUCACCCCAAAAGAGGUUGAGUACCUGACAGAUCGCAUACAAAAUGGUGGAACUGAAGUUGUUGAGGCCAAAGCUGGAGCUGGCUCUGCAACUCUAUCAAUGGCAUUUGCUGCUGCUAAAUUUGCAGAAUCAUGCCUCCGUGCACUGAGAGGGGAUGCCGGGAUCAUUGAAUGUGCAUAUAUUGAUUCACAGGUGACUGAAAUCCCAUACUUUGCCUCAAAAGUGCGACUUUCCCGUGGUGGGGUUGAGGAAGUUCUUCCUCUUGGUCCCCUAAAUGAUUAUGAGAGGGAGAGUUUGGAAAAGGCCAAGAAAGAGUUAGCAAGUAGCAUCGAGAAAGGUGUUGCUUUCGUCAGAAAAUGAGAGCAAGCCCAUGAUACCAAUUUUACAUAGAAAUCCAAGUCAUCUUAGAUCCUGAAAAUAAGUUGCAGUAUUGUGCUAUGUCCAAGUUGAGACAUCAAUUUUUUAAUUGGAAAUAUGUAAUUUAUAUAUUGGUAUCUUUCUGGAAUUAUGUAAUAAAAAUGGAUCAUUUUCGAUACAUCAUCAUACAGCAAACAUGUAAUGAUGGGGAA